AUGAACUUCGACGAGUGGCAGCGAGUGGAGGAAACAGCAAUUGGAGACAAAUGUCUUCAGAAAUUGGAUGAAUUAGAAACAAUUUUAUUAGCUACCAAGGAUGCAUGUAUUAGAGACCCUGGAAAUGUGUCGAAACAACUCACGGGUUCUUGUACAAAAACAGAGCAAGUUUUUGAUGAUAUGAAGAAGAUGGAAAAAAGAUUCAACUCUUCUAUGAAUAAAUUUGGAAAAGCUUUAGAUCGGAAAUUCAAUUUUAACCUAGAAGAUAUCAGCUUACAUUCUUCGUUUGAAGACAAGAAGAAUGAGCUAAACACUGCAUUGGCCUUGCAUUUUUUUCGUCAGGGAGAGACUGAAAUUGCUCAUUCUUUUUGCAAAGAAGCCGGCAUCGAGGAGCCGCCCAACAUGGUCCAGGCAUUUACACUUCUCAACACAAUUCUUCAAGGAAUCCGUCAGCAUGAUUUACAAUUUGCAAUCGACUGGGCGCUUCAAUGCCGCGGAUAUUUGGAAAGGAAAGGAAGUAAUUUGGAGUUUCUUUUACAUCGACACCAGUUACUGAAUGAGUAUUUUCAGACACAAGAUGUUUUAGCCGCUAUCCAUUAUUGUCGUACGUAUUUGACGGACUUCCAAGACAAGCACUUGAAAGAGAUGCAAAAGUUAAUCGGUGCUUUGUUCUUUAGUUCUAGAAGUGCUAGUGUCGUUUCUUCCAAAAUGAAUGGAUCCCACAAAGGUCGUUCCGAACAACAUGAAAUAAACCAACUUGCAAAUGAUAUUCCAGAGGACUAUCGAAAAGUUUUACGUCUGGACUGGAAGCACUUAGAGUUAAUUUUUGUGCGUGAAUUUUGUGCUGCUUUAGGCAUGUCUCUAGACUCCCCUGUGGAUAUUGUAGUAAAUGCCGGCUCAAUUGCUCUGCCGGUUUUAUUAAAGGUGUCCAAUAUCAUGAAGCAAAAGCAUACUGAAUGGACUUCUCAAAAUGAAUUACCAGUGGAAAUUCAUUUACCCACAAAUUACCACUUUCACAGCGUUUUUACGUGUCCCGUCAGUAAAGAACAAGCUACCGAAGAGAAUCCUCCCAUGAUGAUGUCUUGCGGCCAUGUCAUUGCCCAAGAAAGUCUACGACAACUGUCCCGAAAUGGCUCUCAACAUUUUAAAUGCCCCUACUGUCCAAAUGAAAAUGAUGCUGAAAGCUCUACUCGGGUUUAUUUUUAA